UUAAUUAUCACUGUAGAAGACAGUCGAACAUCAUUCACUUGUGGUAAGAAGUUAUAAUAGAUCUACUUUAUUCUUCUUCCCAAACCAGUAAAAUCUUGACACACUACUGAAGAAUCAUUGGCAACCAGAAAGUUGGUCAGACGUCAAACAAGUAGGCUAAAGGAAACAACAAUUACCACCAGAAAGAUGGGUUUAUGGGAUCUAUUGUGUCGACUUUGGGGUGUAAUAAAUAGGAUUUAUGCACCCCUAGCACUAACCAACUAUCACAAUCUGCGAUAUGACGAAGAAAAUAAUUUGGAGCAAGAAGUUGCAAAUGAAAAUGUUGUACCUUCUAAACCAGAUGAAAAAAGUUACCAAGACCUGCUAUCAAAGACACAACAACAACAGCAUGAAAUCAGGAAGCUAAAAGAUCAAUGUUCAAUGUUACAAAAAGAAAAAGAUAUCAAAGUCCAAAAGAUGAAAGACCAAUUAUCGAGGAUACAAAAAGAAAAAGACUGUGAAAUCAAUGAACUUAAAGACCAGAUCAAAGAGCUCAACCAAAUAGUCAAAAAAAUGCAGGAACUACCACUGAAAGAGACUGAAAGUGUUUUUUCUGAACAAAAUGUCGAAGAAUAUCAAAAGCUUCAACUACAAAUACAACAGCUGCAAAGAGAAAAAGAUUGUGAUGUCCAUAAGUUAAACCAUCUUCUGGAACGACAUCAUGACUCACAACUAAUUGAUGAAAUCAGGUCUUUACAACAUCACAUUAAUGAUCUUGAUGAAAGAAUAAAGACAUUGGAGGAAAAAAGUAAACCAGGGAUACUGUUACCAACACGUGACUUGAUGUCAAUAAACAGACAAGAUAAACGGCGUGGGCCAUUACAGCGCUCUGACUACAUGAAGAUACAGGGAAACUUUACAUACCUUGUUGAUAAUAUCACAGACCCCAGGGAAUUGUGUCAAACCCUGGUGAAAUAUGGGAUAUUUGACAUUCAUGACAUGGACGAAGUUGAAAAAUGUCUACGUGACGGAACCCCCCGUGACGCAACAGACCAGCUUCUCUGUAUCUUAUUGUGUAGUGGUCAGAGCGCUUAUCAACCAUUUCUAGAAUGUCUUGAUAAGCUUGGUUACGAUAAAGUUGGUUACGAUAAAGUUAGAGAACAACUGGAACCAGUCUGUGAUGGUGGACCUAAUAAUCCAAACUACGAGGAGAUCAACAUGUUACAAGAAGAAAGAUCUAUCAGCGUACAAGAAAAACAGUAUGGAUGUAUGCCAGAUUAUCAGUACAGUAAGAUCCAGAAUCAAUUUAUGCAUUUGAUUUAUAAUAUCAGAGACCCUUUAAGAUUGUGUCAGACCUUGUUUGAAUCUGGUGUGUUUGACAUGGAUGAUAAGGAAAAGGUACAGAAGAGUUUUCGAGACGGAAUUACCCGCGAUGCUACAGACAAGCUUCUUCAUAUCUUACUGUACUGUGGUCAGAACUCCUAUCCGCGGUUUAUAGAAUGUCUUGAGAAAACUGGCCAUGAUGCACUUAUACAAAAGAUGGAAGAGAGUUGUGAUGGUGAGUAA